AUGUCUUCUCCUCCUACUACCGCUCCAGCUUCAGCCAAAAAUGGACCUUCACCUAUAGAGAACUUCCAAGGAUACUUACCGCAUCUGACACAGGCUCUAGAUAAUCUAACGAAUCACGCUGCGAAUUUACCGUCCAAAUCGGAUCUAUCAUUCCACCGAACGCUCGAUAAGAAAUUCGCUACGGAUCUGGACAGUGCGAGCGAGAGGAUACUCAAGUUGACUGAGAGGUUGUUGGACCUGGUGGAUAAAUCUCAACAAGCGCAGAAGAACCCCUCUAACCAAUUGCCGAAAAUCGAUCAGGUGAAAGUUGCCAAGAUCAAAGGGAAAGGUAAAGGGACUAUCAACAGACGGAAGUUGGGUGAUGAAGAUGAUGUGGUUGAUGGAUUUAAGCAGAGUGUCAUGGGUGUUGUAGAUGGUCUGUUGGAAGAUGCCGACUCAUGUCUUGAUGAAGUCAGUGGGCAGAAGAAGAAAGCAGCCAUCGCUGUGAAGCCUCAUCUAGCUGCUCAAGCAGGUCAAAAACUCCCCGGACCAUUUUCCAAGCAAGCCGCUCGAUUACCUCAAAACAUCCUUCACGCUUCUGAUAUACCCAAGCCGCAAUUACUCUUCCACGAGCCUAUUGACAAUACACCGACUACAUCACCUUGGAGACCCAAACUUAGCAGUAAACCACACUCGAUGGUACCGUUGGAUUUCGUCCCAGCCUUAGAUUAUAGUCUAAGUAUGGAAGAGGAAUUGGAUCCAUCCAAGGAAUAUUGGAGGAGGGAAAGAGAAAUUAGACUUAGACAGCAUCCAUAUUACUACGAAACUAAGCAUCUCCCAUAUCCCACUUCACUAUUCAUCAAUUCUCCUCCAGUCAAGCCCAAAUCAUUCCAAGAUACCCCUUUCCAAUUUGUCGAUACUCCCGAACAAUUAGUGGAAUUAACGGAGAUACUGAGAAGGUCGAAAGAGAUUGCGGUAGAUCUGGAACAUCAUAAUAUGCGAAGUUAUUCUGGGUUUACAUGUUUGAUUCAGAUCUCAACGAGGGAGGGUGAUUGGGUGAUUGAUGCGCUGAAAUUGAGGAAGGAGCUGAAAGAAGAUAAGUUGGGUGAUGUGUUUACAAAUCCUGGUAUCAUCAAGGUAUUUCACGGUUCAGAUAGUGAUAUCGUCUGGUUGCAACAUGAUUUCGAGAUAUUCGUUGUCAACCUGUUUGAUACAUACCAUGCUACGGUCGUCUUGCAGUAUACGCAACGAUCUCUGGCCAGUCUCCUGAAAACAUACUGCAAUUUCGAAGCUGACAAGCGAUACCAAAUGGCUGAUUGGCGAAUUCGCCCCCUGCCAGAAGGGAUGUUACAUUAUGCUCGAUCGGACACUCAUUUCCUCCUAUACAUAUAUGAUAACCUGAGAAACUCUUUGUUGGAACAAUCAUCCAGACCACCUUCACCUGAUCCCAAUGGGAAUCCCGUGAUUGAAGUUACUCGAAGAAACCCGCAACAAGCUAUGAGAGAGGUAUUGGGCAGGUCGGAAGAUACAGCUUUGAAGAUGUAUGAAAUCGACGAGUAUAACGAAGAGACUGGAAAGGGAACGGGAGGAUGGAUGGGAGCAGCGAAGAAAUGGUUGAACAAAACUGUGGUGGAUGAAGAACCAGGCUGGGUUUGGAGGAAGUUACAUGCUUGGAGAGAUAGACUGGGUAGGGAGUUGGAUGAGAGUCCGAUCUUUAUCAUGCCACAAGAUAUCCUCAAGAACCUAGCAUUACUCCGUGGAACCGCACCAAUCUUGAUCAAACAAGCUAUCAACCCUGAUCGAGCACCGAUCGCAGCAGCUCGUUUGGAAGAGAUCGGCCAAAUCAUCAAACAGGCUAAAGCAGAAUGGCAAGCCAACCAACUUGAAGAAAGCCAGAAAGCUGCGGGGUUAGAGGAAGCCGCUCGAAUCAAGAAGCAGGGCAUUAUUCAGAAGCAACAGCAGAAGAUGCUUGAAUCUCAACCUAAACCUAUUCCAGAUGUUUGGGAUGCUAUCACUGUUCCUGGUCCUUCAGCCACUACUUCAUCAUCAACGAAAUCGAGUAAAAAUUCUGGAUUGUUCGGUUCGACGAUCAAAUCUUCUUCUUCCUCUUCGACUUCGACCCCGUCAUCCUCAAAGGUAGUGAACAGUUCGAAAUUGACAUCGUCUCUGUUCGGCUCGACAAUCGUCCAACAAGGUAAAGGUAGGAAACCUCGCAAUACCAAUAGGAAGAACAAGGAAUUAUCACCUGGUUUUGAGAAUGUACAGAACUCCAUACAUGGUGAAUUGCAAAGUACGAAACAAGCUGUAGAAUUACUUGUUCCCGAACAAGUACCAUACGUACCUCCCACUGAGAGAGGUGCGAACAUGAACGAGAAAGUCAAUGGGAACAGCUCGACAACGACGAUAUCGAAGACGGAAGAUAAGGAAGAUAUCGCGACUGGAGCUCAACCUGUACCUAUACCUGUGCACAGCAAGAAGGAGGAAGGAGGUAUUGUGCAAGUCAAGAAAUCACGUAAACCAAAACGUGAGAGGGGAGCAUCGUCGUCUUUACCUUCUACUUCGGGAGUUGGAAGUACCAAUGGAACCGAGAAUGUAAUUGGAGGGAAGAAAGUCAAGUUGGAUACUACUACUGAUACAUCGACACCGAAUGGAAAUGGGGAGCAAGUGAUCAAAAGUAAGAAGGAGAAGAAGACGAAGAAGGUCAUCAAACCUGAUGAAAUUCCCGAUUUUGAUUAUUCUUCUAUGCCGAAUAUACUGGACCAACCCGAUAGUGCGAUGGGUAAGGAGGGUAAAGAGAAGAAGAAGAAGAGGAAAGAUAAGAAAGGCGGUAAUGGUGGUAUAGGUGCGAUCGAAGCUCCUACAUUCGGAGCGAGAGCCGCAAGGGAUAUGAGUCAGCCUAAAGGAGGUAAUAAGAGUGGGACGUUUACUUGA